AUGUCUCUCCUCGCAGCUGCAACAACCCAAACCGCUUCGGAUAUGAGCUACCGGCAGAAACCCGAACUUGUUGGCAAAUACACCAUUGAGCUCAGUCCCGCAUUGAAGCUGUUCAUCGAAGCUGCCCGGCCUGCACUUCUCACCCUCGCAGAACAAGUUUUCCGCCUCAGUCAUGCCCUUCUCACGCAUCUCAUAUUCGGAGGCAAUGUUGCAGCGCUGCAAACCUAUCUCAUCGCCAAAGAUCUGACGACGAGGUCGGCCACAGCCCUGGGCGAGAUUGCGUGGUCCGCGUGGAACUCGACCCAAGUGAGACGUCUGCGCAAGAAGCUGGAGUUCGAAUUCUUCGUGCUGAUUCUUGGCUGUGGGAAUAGCCUCUGCCUGGCUGUCUUUUGGCCGGGUUGGUUCAUUAUUGGCCUGCUCUACCUGGCAUGGACGGCGCUCAGGUUCUUGGCUGGCUGA